CGAGAAAUGUCUCGGAUCGCAAGUUCGACCAUUCUCUGCGAGGAAAUCCUGUGAGUCUUGACAAAAUCCCCCGCGCAAACUUGCACGUCCAUUUUGUGUUUCAGUGCCUGCUUCAUCAGACCACGAGAUAUAACAUGGUGACAUCGAUCCGCCGUUCUACGUGAUUCGCCAUGGCGUCGUAUCUGAAAUGUGCAAUUCUCGGAAUUCUCCUGGCAGGGGCAGCCUCGGCGGUAUCGGUGCAGGAGAAUUACACAAUAUGCAAUUGGGCUCGUCUGAGGGCCGGGGUGAUCAGAGAUGCGCUCUAUCUCGACGGUGGUCUGCUAUGGUGGCAGACUGCGUUCGCCGAUGGCACCACACCGGUGGUGAGCAGUGAUGGGAACGUGGCAGGGGACAUGUUUCGACUCAAUUUCUCGCAGCCGUUCGACACAGCGACGACAAACAUAUCUGCGCUAUUCAAGAAGAUGCCCAAAGCUGGCGGUGCAGGUAACAACAUCGCUCCAAACUAUGUCGACGGCACAAUGUUCGCCAACAAUGACGAGUUAUAUCUUUAUGGUGGCCUUGGUCCUUUGACAGACUCCUCAACUCCUCAAGCCGCAGACACGAUCCUUGGUUAUGAAGCGUAUCAAUAUGGUCCCAAUCGAGCCGGCUGGAGUCCUGGGUUUUAUCAAGGCACUCUGCCUGAUGGCGUUACCAGAUAUAUCACGAAUGGUGCUGGCGUGUCCGUCCCGAGCGAAAAUCUAGGCUUCUACUUCAGUGGGAUGCGAUCUCCAGAUUGGGGUCCUAUCUACUAUGAAGAUUCAUCCGCCAACCAGACCGCCAAUACCUUGAUUGAGGUUGACAUGUCGGUGAUGAGGGACGAGAAAUGGACGAACACCACCCUUCCAGACAAUAUCCAGCCACGCGCGAACGCAGAGCUGGUUUGGAUUCCAGUCUCGGAGAAAGGUGUCUUGGUGGCAAUAGGUGGAGUUACCGCACCCGAAGAGAUAUGGCCGGUCGGACUAAACUCGUCUCAAACGUCGGAGAGUGAGGCGCAAAGUCCUGGAUUCAUGACGACACUGCCGGUGUACGACGUUGACGGUCAAAAGUGGUAUCUGCAGAACACCACCGGCGAUGCCCCAGGGCAAUUGACAGAGUUCUGUUCGGUGGUUGCAGCCGCCAACGACUCCUCUUCGUUCAACGUCUACAUCUACGGCGGCUAUGACGGACUCGACGCGAGCGACGAACCCUCUGACGAUGUCUGGAUCCUGUCAAUCCCAUCCUUCAAAUGGGUCAAGGCCUACAGUGGCAACAAAGCCCACGGUCGCUCUGGUCACAGGUGCGUAAUGCCCUACCCGGACCAAAUGUUCGUGAUAGGAGGGAUACAUCAAAACCAGGCCGAGUGCGUCCAAGGAGGCAUCAUCCAGAUUUUCAACUUGAACAAGCUCGAAUUCCAAAACACGUAUGACCCAAACACCUGGGACGUGUAUCAGGUACCGUCGGCGGUCAGCAAAGCCAUCGGCGGCGGUGGGGAUGGAGGUGCCACUGAAACGGCGGCAUGGUCCAACAGCGCCUUGGGUGGUUUGUUCUCACGCAAAUAUGCGGGACAGACGCCGCAACAAUACUACCCUUACCCGUCAAGUGGCACGCUCAAGCAGUCCUCCUCGAGUAGGAGCUCGGGCAUCUCCAAAGGUGUCGUGAUUGGCGUCAGCGUCGCCGUGGCCAUCAUCGCCAUCCUUCUCCUCGUCUUGAUCUUCCUCCUCUUCCGACGCCGGCGCAUCAUCCGCAGCGGCUCGUCCGAGAAGUCGUCCUCGUCGGGCACGUCGCGCGUGACGCGCUGGCUCAACGGAGCCUCCUGCGCACCAUCACCGCACAAGCAAUACUCGACCCCUUCGCCCCCAGAAGUUCAACAAGUUCCUUACACUUCGGUGUCGGACGAGCCCACGCCCCCGCCACAGGCACAGCGCCAUGAGAUGGCCGGGACCGAGCGGCCCAAGCCUCCUUACGAGCUCGCGACGCCCUACAACAUCGACGACCACCCGCGCCAUUCGACCGUCGUGGACUACGGGUACAAUGCGAAUUUCGGCCACACGUACUCCAACAGCAACUCGAAUACGAAUUCAAACUCGAAUUCGAACAGCGGCUCCACGGGCGAAGAAUACCGCCCCUCCCCACUGACGAGCUACAACGGAAACGCCCCGGCAACUUCCCCGCUGCGCAACAUGCGUUACCCGGCGGGAGGCAACAGCCGCUUCACCGAGGACAUAUCCACGGCGAGCGCCGAGUCGGGCAGCAGCGGCACGACCACCGCCGCAAGCGACACCACCACGCCUUGGCCACUCCCCGCGACGCAAAACACCUGGCGUCAGAAUCAGGGCCAUGGUGGUGGCCGUCCGCGCUUCGCCUUUGGCCUCGGAGGCCACCACGGCCGCGAAGGGAGCGAGAGCAGUUCCGUCCAGCCCAUCAUCGAAGAACCCGAGGGCUCGACGUCACCGAGAGAACUUGAAGCCGGCGCUGGCGGACGUGGAGGGGCUGAACACGAGAGGUUCUCCUACCAGCACACGAACGAGAGCGCGAGCAGCGGGAUAGGGACACUCCCGAGCCCGACUGGGGACGGCGGUGGCACCAUGCCCGAGGACGGAGACCAGCGAAGAAGUAUCUUCAGUGUCGUGAGUCCAGUCAGUCCGACGGCUGGCAGGAAGUUGUGA